UUCACUGCUACAGAUUUGACAGGGUUUUAAAUUAUGCUUUCAGUAAGUUCCUUGCUCGAGGGGACAACAGUAGAACCCCACCUGGGACAGGAACACGUGUCGCUCUUUUCAUUGUUAAUGCCGUGACCACUGUCAUGGGCGGCUGUCUAAACAUCUACUUCUGUCUUAACCACUCUUUCAUAAUGCAGUCUAUACAGCCGGCAUUUACAGUGGGAUAACUGAUCCUACACAGACACUAGUCUCAGGUAGCCGUGUGCCAUAUUCAAUCAGUCAGGAGCUGUGUGUGUGUGUGUUUGUGUGCGUGAAUGUGUGUAUCAUGUGAUAUUGUCAGUGAAUUUGAUAUCUCCCGGGGCACAGACAACAGUGAGGACGUAUAAUUUUACUCCACACACUACAUGGCUCGCUCUCUCUUUAUCCCUCCCUCUUCCUGCCUCUCUUUUUCUCUUCAAUCAUACUGUGAACGCCGUAGCUCACUGUGUGCUUGUGGGUGCAUGUGGGUAUGAGCAGUCUGGCACCGCCUCCCCAAAGACACUCUGCUGCAGACGAUGGCGGACCACCAGGAGGUCUUGAACACCAUUAGGGCACUGCAGCCAUCCAGGCUGAGCUAUAUUGAGAUCCUGCAGACGGAGGUGCAAAGGAACCAGGACAAGCCCCAGGGGAAACCAGAGGACGAUGGAGAAGAGGGGACAGGGAGACCCCCGUCCGGCUCCCGGCCGUCCCGGGAAAACACCACCCUGCUGACGCCGCCCUACUCCAUCCCCCGAGCGCUGGCCGUGUCCCCUGGCCUGGGCGGGCUGCCCGUCGCUCCUGAGAUGGCUAUGAACCUCCGAAAGGUUCUUUUUGGGAAUACUUUUCAUAUCUUCAACUAUGAGUGGAAAAAGUCCUUCUUCAAGUUCAGAGAGCCAUACUCAGACCUGUCUUAUGCCCUGGAGACAGAGCGGGGUGGAGCUCGCGCCAUUCAGAUGGCGGUCCAGGCCAAUAUCGUUAAAUUCCUGCUCUUCACCCAAAAUGCAAGCUCUGACUGCUGCAUGCAGAGCCUGAGGGAGGUGGGCGAGAAAGAGCAGGAGCGAGCGCUGGCCGCGGCCCUCACAGACAUCCUGUGGACCGCAGGAGAGGAGCAGAGCGCGGCAGUCUCUCUGGUCACCUCUGAACACAGCUCCACCCCACACCUGGACUACAAACAGGACAACCUCACAGAGAGGUUACAGCUUUUCAACUUCAAUGAGAAGGAGGACGUUCGGAAAUUCAUAUAUGAGCACAUACAGUGUUUUAAAGAAGAGGGGAGUCAUGGGGUCAUCUUGUUCCUGUACAGUCUCAUCUUUUCCAGAACGUUUGAAAGGCUGAGUGAAGACCUGGACUCCACCACCUCUCACCUCUUAUACCCGAGUCUGGGCAACUUUGUGUGUCGCCAGGCACUGAUGAACCUGCUGUUGACGGGUCGGGCCAGCCCAAAUAUGUUCAAUGGGACUCUGCAGUAUGACGAGCACGGGGAGCCCCUGGAACAGCCACUGCGCGGGGUCCUGUCCCGCAGCGAUGUUGGGUACCUGUACUGGAGCCGGGAGCAAGUGGAGCACUCUCAGCUGCCAAAGGUCGGCAGCAUGCUGAAGACACCCAAGUUGCCCAUCUGGGUUUGCAGCAUCAAUGGCACCUACAGCAUACUGUUCAGUCCCAAGCGCUCCUUGUUGUCCGACUGGAAGAUGGAGCACCUGUUUGACCUGUACUUCUAUAAUGGCCAACCGUCCCAAAGAAGCACUGCACUGCUGACCAUAGACACCCACUCCCAUCAUUGGGAAAUGGGGGAUGGGGGCACCCUGGGGGACCCUGAGAAGAGGUUCCCUUCAGUGGAGAUGACUAUCAGGACCAAAUGGGAAGGGGCAGCCAUUGACUGGAAUGGGACAGUUCCUUUUUUCUAACUUGGUGAGGCGCCAUGUGACCUGGUAGUUUUGACCGUUAUGUUCUACCUACAGGUCACACGGUCAACUCUUCCUUUACUACAGGAGAUAUUGGUCAACAGCACAACCCAGCGUCUAUGCUCACUACUACGAGAGCAGCCUGAGUGCUGUACUACAGUGCAAUGCGACAUUACGACACGCAUUAUACAACACCACUAUCAACACGCAGCAACAGCAUAGACACAGGAUACGCAUAGAAACACACUGCCAAAACACAAAGCAAUACUGCACUGUCAUCAGACAGCAAAAAAAAAAAAACUCAAUACCCAGAAACCUAUCCCUGUCAACACAACACAGUCUGCAACCUCAGUACUAAAGCACAGGGUCAGUGUCCACAAACAGCAGAGCACAAUAGUGGAGUUUCCAUUGGGAUUUUAAUAAUAGCCUGAGCCACUCACGUUGUGCCAAAAAAAAAAAAACCUAAAAACUGACCCGUUCC